CACAAUCUUUUUCUCCAUGAAGAAGUAGAGUCAAUCAAAAUGCCUUCUUCCCUCCUGCAUCAAAUUGCAACUUUUCUUCUCCUCCUCUGUUUUCUGAGGACUUCUUCUGCAGUGCUGUUCUCCUCCCUGCACCAGGCUCUCAUAGUCACUGCAUCACCAAGACCAGGCCAAGUGUUGUAUGCCGGCGUGGAUCAGAUCAGAGUGAGCUGGGCUCUUAACGGGAGCCUCCCCGCCGGCACCGGCGCGGCCUACGCAAAGGUGAAGAUAAGCCUGUGCUACGCGCCGGUGAGCCAGGUCGACCGCAGGUGGCGCAAGACCCGAGACGACCUCAAGAAGGACAAGACGUGUCCGUUCAAGAUCACCACCACGCCCUACGCCUCCGUCGGCGGCUCCUACGACUACGCCGUGGAGCGGAGCAUCCCCACGGCGACCUACUUCGUGAGGGCCUACGCGCUCGACUCCUCCGACGUCGAGGUCGCCUACGGGCAGACCACCGAUGCCAAGAAAACCACCAACCUGUUCCACAUCAUCGGGAUCUCCGGCCGGCACGCGUCGCUGGAUAUAGCUGCUGCAUGCUUCUCGGCCUUCUCCGUUCUCGCGCUUACUUUCUUCCUAGUGGCUGAGAAGAGGAAGGCCAAGCAAUGAGAAAGGUCAAAGUUUUCAUAAGAGCUUCGUCCUCGAUUGAAAAAAGUUAGCCGAGGAAGAUGAAGAUCGAAGAGCACAGCCGACUUUAGUAGAAUCGGAGGCUCAAUUCUGUCAAUCCCUGUGCAAGAAAAAAUUAUUAUUAAAAAUAAAAUAAUUCAGGAAUAUGUAUUUAUCUA